CAGCACUCGCCGUUCUCUGUUCGUCGUUUCAGGUAGUAACCUGUUGCGUUAUUUUUUUGUUUUGUUUUGGUAGUGGAAAGUGCAAUAACGAUAUCUCAACGACUGCGUUUGAUAAAACCGAGUUGAAACACAAACCUCCCCGGCACUGAGCGUGUGAGUUGUGUGAGUGUCAAACGAAUUAGAAAACUUUUGUAUAUUCAAUAAAUACGGCAAAAAAGAAAAACAAAGCAAAUAAAAAAAAUAUAUAAGAUAAAGGGCAACAAGUGAAGCUGUGGUUGCCGUUAAUUUUUGUUUGUAUUGUGUUGUGUUGCUUUUACUGCUGUUAUUGUUGUAGCAGCUCAUGAACAGCGGAAGCGGCCGCCGCGUACUAAUUACAAUAACAACAAAUAAUUAACUUGUGCUGCUGUUCUCAAAAUGGAUGCAGCUGCCAAUAGCACCAGCACCAGCAACAGUAACAGCAACAGUGCCAGCGUAGUCGUCGCAGCUGGUGGCGCCACCGAAGACGAAACUAUAACAAAGCUGCACAAACAGAACAUGGAGAACGAUGACGAUGACGAUGAGCCGCAGGCGUUGCCAUUUUGCUUUGUUCGGGGCUCCGAUCCACGAGCGGCCACCUGUCGAGGAAAAUUGCAGAGUCGUCGCUGUAAAUUGAAUCAAGAAAUCAAUAAGGAACUGAGAUUGCGCGCCGGUGCCGAGAAUCUAUACAAGGCAACUACAAAUCGCAAGCUGCGAGAUACCGUCGCCUUGGAACUGAGUUUCGUCAACUCCAAUUUGCAGCUGCUCAAGGAGCAAUUGGCUGAGCUAAACUCUUCUGUGGAGAUCUAUCAAAGCGAAAGUCAUGAGGGUAUUAUGCCCAUGAUACCUUUGGGGCUCAAGGAGACAAAGGAAAUCAAUUUCAUGGAACCGUUUUCGGACUUCAUAUUGGAGCACUACAGCGAAGAGCCCUCGAUGUAUAUGGAUGCCAUAGCCGAUAUGACAGACACCAGACAGGCUUCGAAGACGCCGUCGCGGGACGCUCUUGGUGUGGCGCUGCUAUUCCGUUACUACAAUCUGUUGUAUUAUGUGGAACGGCGCUUCUUUCCGCCCGAUCGGAAUCUGGGCGUAUAUUUUGAGUGGUACGACUCGCUGACCGGUGUGCCCUCCUGCCAACGUACCAUUGCCUUCGAGAAGGCGUGUACUCUUUUCAAUCUGGGCGCCAUCUACACACAAAUCGGGGCACGUCACGACAGACGCACGGAACGCGGCUUGGACGCGGCCGUUGAUAGUUUUCUGCGUGCUGCCGGCAUUUUUCGUCACAUCUACGACAUAUUCACAAAUGCACCAUCGAUGGACCUGAAGCCACAGGUGCUCGACGUUCUUGUCUCGCUUAUGUUGUCCCAGGCGCGUGAAUGUCUCUUCGAGAAGCUACAGCUACAGAUUGAGGCCUUGGGUCUAAUGGAGUCCAGUCAUCUCUUUCGGGACUUGGCUGGUGAGGCGGCACAGCUAUCGCUGGAGUACAACGAGAUGCACAAGAACAUCCAAGUGAAUGACACGCACACCUAUCUGCCCGAGUGCUGGGCGGGUCUGGUGCCGCUCAAGGCCGAGUUGUACAAAGCGCUGGCACAUCAUUACGAGGCGCGGAGCAUUGAUGCGUCUGUGGGCGACAAUGGCGACAAUGUCUCGCUGGGCACCAAAAAGAGUCAGACAGUGUCAUCGAACGAAUCGUUCAUUGGCAAUGCGCGGGAGGCGCUGCGUGCCACAGAGGCAAGCAGCGAGUGCGAUGAGGAAAGCGUCAGCGUUGCUGCCAUCAAGCGCACCCACUUGAAAGAGGCACUGGCUAGUCAUGAGGAGGCGCAGCGAUUGCAGCGCAUGUGCCGCUACCUAAAGAACAAAACAUCCCUCACACAGGUCAUCAAGGAGGCGUACUACAAGACACAGGACGAGUAUGAACGUUUCUGCCUGCAAGCGCCGGCCAAAAACAUUGAGGAGUGCUACGAUCUGGUUGAGCGCACGGUCGAAGCAUCGUCGAAGUUUACGCUCUCGCUGACCGGCCCAGAUUUUACAUCAUACAAAGUGGAUGAUCCCUUUAAGCGACUGGGUCCCAUUGCAAUAUUCUCCGCACGCCGCCACUGGACAGCACCGCGUUGUGUACGACUGCAGAAAGGUUCGGCGAUGUACCAUGAUGCGAGCAGCUAUCAUUGCCACUGUCCCACAGCCGAUGAGAGUCACGAGGCUGGCUGUAGUCUGUACAAGGAGGAGCUCGAGAAUUUUGGCUUUCAUGUGCGUGGCGAUGCCCCUGUGAUAAUCGCCCACGUCGAGAUCAAUUCGCUGGCCGAUCUGGGCGGCAUCAAGGAGGGUGACUUCAUCGUUGAAAUCGCUGGCAUGGAUGUCAAGUGGUACUCGCACCAGCAGGUGGUUCGGCUCAUACAAUCGUGUGGUGCGGCUCUGGAACUUAAAGUUAUCACGCCUAUGGAUCGUAAUUAUCUAAAGCCACUAUCGUCGAAGGGAUCCAUAUCAACGUUAUCGGCUGCCAGCUCGUCGGGCGUUUCGUCUGGGUCCUCCAGCCCCACCAGCACCACCACAAAGCCCAAGCUGCGCCUCAAGACAUCAGCGAAAACGCGUUUUGUGGGCAGCGUUUCAUCCAGUUCAUGGAAUCCCUUUCGACGUACGCCGAGUCUAGCGAAAAUUUUUUAAGUGCUAUCAAAUUAAAUCGUUGCACUAGGGAUUCUUUAGCUUAAGUUAUGCUUUAAUUUGCGCAGCGCAGUGGCCAUUAUUUUGCUUAAAUGCAAACUGGAUUUUUUUUUUUAUAUAUACAUAUAUGUAUAUAUGUAUAAAUAUAAACAUGUACUUUAAUGCUGAGGCGGCGAGCCUUUAGUAAUAUCUGCUCUGAACUAUU